CUGAAGGGCACUUCCAGCGUGGCCAGAGCGGUCGCGGAGGCCGAGGAGGCGCCGAGAGCGAGCGAGGGCUGCUGGCACGUUGUCAAAUCAAGACAAAUCAAGAGAAGGAUAAGAGGCAGCUGCCUCACUGCCACACCACAGGGGCUAACAAUGGACACCCAGAAGGACGUUCAACCUCCAAAGCAGCAACCAAUGAUAUAUAUCUGUGGAGAAUGUCACACAGAAAAUGAAAUAAAAUCUAGGGAUCCAAUCAGAUGCAGAGAAUGUGGAUACAGAAUAAUGUACAAGAAAAGGACUAAAAGAUUGGUUGUUUUUGAUGCUCGAUGAAACCUGGGAAUUCAGAGGAGUGUCUUCACUUAUACUUGGAUUUGCUCUCUUAACGUUUCUGAUUGUUGUAUAGCUUUCGAUUUUGCAUACAGUAGUUCUCCCUUAUCUUUGGGGGAUACAUUCCAAGGCCCCCAGUGAACUCCUGAAACCUCAGUACCAAACCUUUAUACACUGUUUUUUCUAUAUAUACUAUGAUAUAUAUAUGAGAUAUAUAUAUGAUAAAGUAUAAUGUAUAAAUUAAGCAUAGCAAGAGAUGAAUAACAAUGUAAAAGGACAAUGAUAACAUACUGUAAUAAAAGUUAUGUGAAUGUGGUUGGUCUUUCUCAAAAUAUCUUCUUUUACAGUACUCACCUAUUUUAGAAUGUGGUUGACUACAGGUAACUGAAACCACAGAAAGGGAAACUUUGGAUGAGGGGGGCACUACUGUACUUAGGAAUACAACUAUAUAUACAUAUGAUUUUAUUUUUAAGACCAUAUUGUAUUUGGGUAUCUACUAGUAUUUUGUAUAAAGCAAUUUUUUGUUCCAUUACAUUACUUUUUGUUUUAUUGUAUAUGUAAUCUGACACACAAUAAAGGGUAAAGUUGCUUCCCCAAACCACACUUUUAAUCAAAACCUAGAAUCAUCUGCAUUCCUUGUUAAAAAUGCAGGUUUCUAGAACCCUCUGAAGUUCUGAUUAAAUAAAUAUAUUGGAAACCACU